AUGGAUCCUAAUCAUUUUCAUUAUCAACAAGCUUUUUUCAAUUACAUGCAAAAUUAUCAAAAUCCUAAUCCUCAAAAUUCUCAAAUUCCACCGGUGCCAACAAACCCCGCCAUAUUUCUUCCGUCACCAAACAAUCCAAAUAUGUAUCCUAUAUCUCAAAUGAAUUCUAAUAGUAUGGAAUUCUCUACUCAAGUUCCACCAUUUUUUACUCAAGUCCCACCAUUUUCUACUCAUGUUGGUACUGAAAAAGAAGAAAGGGUUGUCGUUAAGAAAAGAUCUCGAGAGCAAUUUACAAGGGAAGAGGAUAUACUACUUAUCCAAUCAUGGCUCAAUGUUUCAAAGGAUCCAAUUGUGGGAGUUGAUCAAAAGGCUGAGAGAUUUUGGUUAAGAAUUGCUGCUAGUUAUAACCAAUAUCGUGGGCAAUUGCGGGAAAAGUUAGGGGGACAGUUAAAAUGUCGAUGGCAUAGAAUAAAUGGCAUGGUUCAAAAAUUUGUUGGGUGUUACAAAAUUGCUCUUAAAGGAAAGAAAAGUGGGACAUCCGAGACCGAUGUCAUGGCAGAUGCACAUGCUAUUUUUGCUCAGGAUCAAGGUACAACAUUCAAUCUUGAGUAUGCAUGGAGAUUGUUAAAAGAUGAAGCUAAAUGGCGCAUCGUCGAAGAAUCGAUUGGAAGUUCUGCAAAAAUAACAAAGACUUAUGCUAGUGGGGCAUCAUCGGAGAACCCAGAUACAACUUCAAGUUAUGAGUUUAACUCAUCAUCACCAAUGGAGCGUCCAAUGGGACAAAAAGCAGCAAAAAGGAAGGGUAAGGCAUCAGAAAUUCCAAAUGCAACGCAAGAUGCAAAGAAUAAAAGAGCAAUAACAAUGGACAGACUUACGCAAGCUAAGGAGGACGAGCUAGAAUUAAGGGUAGUGCAAAUGAUGAUGAAAGACACUUCUACUAUGAACGAUAGUCAACGAGAUAUUCAUGAAAAAUAUUGUAAUAAGAUGAAAAAAAAAUGGAAUGUAGUUAGUAUCACUUAUGUAAAAUGGUCAUUAGUAUCAUUUUAA